AUGGACGCCGCAGAAAACUUGGAGCAGGUUUCUUCAGUGCAUAUGGCCGCUCCUGCGUUAGCCGUGUUGCAGCAGCUCCGGAAGGACCUCAGCAAGCAGCAGGCUCAGAAGCUGCUGGACAACCACCGUAACUUUCUUCAGUUGGGCACGUGCAGUUUUGGUCGGCGGGGUCAAACAUCUUACGCAUUGCGCACGGAAGCCGAGGUGCAGCGUCUCUGCAACAUCGCGAACAUAUCCGAUGAAAAUGUGGCGCACUUCUGGUCAAGGGGUGUCGGUCUGCGUUUACGAGCUGCCGACGCCCAUGCUCACCAUGCGAAGACGUACCGACUCCUCCGGCGCCCUUCCGAUUCACCCAGCCCCCUUGAAGCGUCCGUCCCUUCCGCCCACCGACUUGGGCGCUUACGGCGCGCCUUCGCCGAGCGGGCCGUCGGGCUCUUCGGCCGGCGCGUCAGCCAAGCCGCCCGUCCACAUCGCCGACCUGUGGGCGCAACUAGCAGCGGCGUCGCCAACAGGCGGAGGCCGCGCUCGCUCCACGCCAUCCGGGGUGCCGAGACGGCCGCUGUCUUUCAACACGCUUGCCACUCCUGCUGCAAACUCGCGCCAGUGCUGUUUCAUUUGGGCACGAUCGCCCUUAGGCCUUCGUUCACGACACGACGCGACGUGUCCUGUGCGCGCGCUGUUGCUGUGCUGCUGUUCUUCUUCUUCUGGUUGUGGUUCCUGUGCUUCUAGCAAACUUGCGCCCGCAACGACAUCUUGCAAUGUACUUGCAGUUUGCCGUGCGCCAAUCGCCAUGUAAGCCACGUAUGC